AUGGGGAACGGCACGGCGGGGAAAGCACCGUGCCCGCUCGCGGAAAACUACAAGUACGUCCUGCUCCCCCUGACGUACAGCUCCGUCUUCGUGCUGGGGCUGCUCCUCAACGGGGCCAUGCUGUGGCUCAGCUGCUGCCGCGCGAAGGAGUGGACCUGCACCACCAUCUACCUGGUGAACCUGGCCGUAGCAGACCUGCUGUACCUCUGCUCUUUGCCCUUGCUCAUUAUCAACUACGUCCUGCAGGACACGUGGCCUUUCGGGGAGCUGCUCUGCAAGCUGGUGCGGUUCUUGUUUUACGUCAACCUGUACGGUGGCAUCCUGCUGCUGACUUGCAUCAGCGUCCACCGCUUCCUAGGCGUUUGCUACCCGAUUCGCUCGCUGCCCUACCGGACCCGGCGCCUGGCCACCGUUGGCACAGCAGUGUCCUGGGCACUGGUGUUCCUACAGCUCUUGCCCACCCUCAUCUACGCCCGCACUGGUGUCAUCAACAACCACACCGUCUGCUACGACAUGACAAGUCCUGAGAACCUCAACAGCUACUACCCCUACGGCAUGGCUUUAACGGUAUCCGGCUUCCUCUUUCCUUUUCUCAUCAUUUUAGUCUGCUAUUGCUCGAUGAUCAAAAGCCUGAUCCAAACCACGGGGGACACCAACCCCAUGGGACGCGCUGCUCGAGCCAAGUCAAUCCGAACCAUUCUCCUGGUGUGCGGCCUCUUCGCUGUCUGCUUGCUUCCCUUCCACAUCACCCGGACCAUCUACCUCUUCGUUCGGGUGUACCGGAUAACCGAAUGCCAACUCUUUCAACGCUGGAGCUUACUUUACAAGAUCUGGAGGCCUCUAGUGAGCCUGAACAGUUGCAUCAACCCCCUCCUCUACUUUCUUUCUGGUCAAACCAACAGAGCCAGGCUCGCUGUGGAGCUCAGACUGCACAAGGCAGACCCUCUUGCUAGGCCUGCUGGGAACGCAAACGAGACAGAUGCCCAAAGACAACUUCCCUCAUGCUGA